AUGGCCGGAAUGGGAUGUUUCUUGCCACGGAAAUACCGGUCUCCCCUUGCAUUCAAAAUACUCCUCGUCUGCGAACUUCCCCUAUCGGUCGGAAUUCUAACACUUACUGGAAUUGCGGCUCCCAAUCUCUACCGGACAAAACUCUGGCAGGAUGGAGCGGACAAUGGCUUUAACAGCUCUCCAGACGAGAAAGUAUAUGCGCUUGCCAACUACAGGCCGUAUACCACACCUAGGCCUUGGAGUCCAUUCACUACCAAUUUCAACCUCGUCAUAGCCGUCCUCAGCUUAUUUUUCCUCCUCACGAAAACACCGAUGUUUAUCAUGAACGUGUUCUAUCCACCACUAUCGCUAUUAGUUCAUGCGAUUUGCGUCUUGCUCUACUCAAUUGCCGCGGCCUUCCAGGCUUCUAGCGAUACAACCGACCCAAAACACCCACAGCCUGGCCCACCGUGGUAUAUCACGAAGAACUGCAACGUUGCAUCCCUCCACACCAACGUUAAUUAUUGCAACCAAGCUAAAGCGACCUUCGCUCUCAGUGUUGUCCUAGUGUUUCUCUUCGCUUGUCACCUUGUGCUAGCAGCUAUCUCCUGCUUCCCAACAGAGGAAGACCGAGAAAAGAAAAGAUUGAAGGAGGAACGAAAGUCGACGCUGGCAGAACUCAAGUCGAUUAAAUCGCCACUUAACCCUGAUGGGAAGAUGACAUUCCCGCUCACGACUCCACGAACCACAGCUUUUAAUAGGCUCGAGGGAAACACGGAUUUACCAUUGCGCGACCGAUCCGACAGCUACUCGACGAUGCCACGAGAGGAAGAGACCCAGGGGAUGUUCCAGAAACCCGAGCCUCAACAGGAGGCACAGAUGUACUUCCCUCCACCACCUCAGGCGGCUGGAAAGGGUAAAGCGUAG